AUGAAAGCAGAGUUACAAAGUUCUGAGCUUCUCUGGAGAAAUCUAAGGCUUAUCUCAAAGGAUAGCAAUGGAACAAGAAAAGCUGUUCUGAAGGGAGUCAGCGGAUCCAUAGAGCCCUCGACAAUGACUGCACUUAUGGGAACAAGUGGAGCGGGGAAAACCACCCUCAUGAACUCCCUGGCAGGGAGAAUCUCGUCUGAGAUGAAUCUUAAGGGCGAGAUCCUCGUGAAUUCGCACCCAAGAUCGAAAGACACAUGGCCUAACACCAUUGGGUAUGUGGAGCAGGAGUUCCAUGCAUAUGAAUACCAGACUGUUUUCGAGACUCUUUUAUUUGCGUCGAAAAUAAAGAUGAGAUAUGAAGAGGUAGAACAAAAGAUAAGGAAUAAAAUAGAGGAGAUAAUAGGGCUUCUUGGACUUAACAAUGCUAGGGAUACCUAUGUUGCAAAUCUGUCUGGAGGAGAAAGGAAACGGGUUUCUAUAGGGGUUGAGCUACUUGGAGAUCCUUCAAUACUGUUCUGCGAUGAGCCCACAAGUGGCCUAGACUCAUUCAACGCCUUAAAUAUUCUCAGCGUUCUCAAGAACUUAGCAAGCAUGGGAAAGACGAUUCUGGUCACCAUUCAUCAGCCAUCAUAUGAGAUGAUAGACUUCUUUGAUAAGUUUAUAUUAAUGUCCAUGGGGAGGGUGGUUUAUGAUGGAGAUGUCAAGGGAUGCAUCGAGUUUUUUGAUAGCUGUGGGUAUCGGCUGCCUGAGCUCACAAACCCGAUGGACUUCUUCUUGAAGACCAUAAGUCUUGAUACAAGAACAAAGGAGCUACAGGGAAAAAGCUUGGAUGUGAUUACUCACAUAAGUAACGAAUGGGACAGAAAAAGAAAGGUGCCUGUGCCAAAGCUCCAUGGCGAGGUUAGGAUAGAAAACACUGCAAGAAGGUCCUCACUUGGAUUUUACCUUCUUCUGAAUAGAAACUUGAAGAACUACAUCAGAAACAUUGACUACUUGAAGAUCAAGGCCUUUCAGAAGGUUUUCUUUAUGCUUGUGUUUGGGCUUGCAUACUUACAAAUGGGAUACUCUAUAGAAAGUAUACAUACCAGGGUGGGAGGAAUAACGUUUAUUCUAACAAACGUGCUCUUUGGAGUGGCCAACCCCAUAUUCAAUAUAUUUUCUGAGGAAAGACUUGUAAUACUCAGGGAAAGAAGAUCUGGAAUGUACUCGGGGAUUGUUGCAUUUAUGGCCAAGUAUGUUUCCGAGAUAUUUAUCAACUUUCUGAUAGAGAUGCCCUAUGUGAUAAUAAUAUAUUGGAUGAUUGGGCUGAGGCCUGGCAUAGAGACUUUUCUAACGUUCCUAGUUAUUUUGGGGUCUCUAAUACUGUUUGGAAUAGCAUAUUCGCUAGCUAUUGGUGCAAUGACAUCUACGCAGAACAGCUCACAAGUGCUGGGGACGAUGGGGCUGCUUGUGUUCUUGGUCUACAGUGGGUCCUUCAACAAUCCAAAAACCAUACCCAGCUGGCUUAGAUGGGCUGUCUGUAUUUCACCUGUGCACUAUGCAACAAAGGCGUCAUUUCAGAACCAAUUGAAUGGGGUAGUAUUUGAAGGCCCUGGCAUACAAAUGAUGGGAGAGGAUCAAAUCAAGCUCCGGGGGCUUGAUGGGACAGGGGUGUCUCUUUGCAUACUCAUUCUGCUUGGAAUGUGUCUUUUUUGCAUGGUAACUGGUGCCUUGGCAUUGCACUUUACCACAAAAAACAACAUGAAGAUGGAGAUAAAUGAUGAAGAGGAAGUAUGA